AUGUCUGGGAAAUCUUUAGAAGAGCGUUAUAUGCAUUUGGCUAGAGCCGAAGAAAUGAUUUUAAAACAAGACAAUUCUUCAGUUCUCGACAAUUUUUUGGAUGAAAUGGUUCAAUUUAUUCAUGAAAAGGAACAGAAAAUUCGUUGUUUUGCUAUUACUUUUAUUGAAAAGGCUUGUAAAAAAGACCCUGAAGUUUUUAAAAGAGCAAUAGCAACACUUAGUUGGGCAUUGACUGAUCAGUCUGGAGGUGUUAUUAUACAGAAAAAGGCAAUAAAUACGUGUACCCAACUUUAUCCUGUUCUUCUCCGCUGGGCCUCACAAAAACGUUCAACAGAUGAUGAAGCAAAAAAUUGUUGGGAAACAUUUUCGAUGCUUAAAAAUAAAAUAAUGCAAACUGUUGACUCUGAAAAUGAAGGAAUAAAAACUAUGGCCUUUAAAUUUCUUGAAAUGCUCAUAAUUUGUCAAUUGCCUAAAACUGAAUUCAGUGAAACUCCAAGAACAUCCAAUCAACAAAUUAGUUUGGACGAAAUUGGGCGUGAUUCAUUCAUUUCUUGGCGCCAAUUACAAUCAGAAGCAAUUAAAAGUUUUAAUUCAUUAAUUGAACAUAUGGCUUCUACUCACAUUACUUCACUUAAUUUAGUUACAGCAAUAUCCUCAACUUGUAAUAUAGCAAGGCAAAGACCUGAAAAAAUGGCUGAUGUUGUCAGCGCUUUAGAACAACUUCAUCUAAAUUUACCUCCAACAUUGGGAACUAGUCAAGUUAAAAGUGUGAGAAAAGAACUUAAAAUGCAUUUAUUGAGAAUGAUGAAGCAUCCUGGAAGUUUUACUUUACAUAAUUUACAUGCAAGAAUGAAGCAACUUUUGAUAGAAUUAGGCGCAACUCCAUCAGAAAUUCAAAAAGCAAUGCCUGGUCCAAACGAAAUUGAUGCAGCUCUAAAAAGAAGACUUGCAGCUGCAACAGCAGCUAGAAAACUACAACAAACUGAAUCUGGAACAGAUGAGAAACCAUCUAGAAAAAAGCCGCAUAGCGGUGAAAAGUUGUCAGAUUCGCUUCAAGAUGAGGAUUUGGAUUUGAGGGAUACAAAGAGACUCAAGUUGGGAGAGGAUGAAGAUUAUGAUGAUGGAACUAUUGAUCUUUAUAGACAAUUGGAUGACCCUGAUUCUGCCAGUGCUGCUACUCAAAAGGCUAUUGACAUAACUACAGAAUUUGUAUUGGAAAGGCUGUCGAUUUCUGUUGUCUCCAAGCUUGUGAUAAUUAGCCUUUACACCCUUCCUGACGAAAUGCCUCCAGCGUUUGCUAGCAGCUAUACUCCAAUAGAUGAAGUUGGAAGUGAGGCACAAAAGCGUCAUCUUGCAAGAAUGAUGGCUAUUCAGAUGACUAGAGAAGGAGAGGGGCCGGGUGUUGAAUAUAUUAAAGCAGAAAAACAAAAACAAUUUGUUGAAAAACAAUCGGCUGCUAGGUCGUCUGAAGUUAUUGAUAAGGAGAAGUCCAAUGAUGAAACUAAAAAGGUUAUCGAUGAGGGAACUACAUCUUCACUCGUACAAACUGCUCAGGUUUUGGAUUUUACUCAACUAUUUUUCCUCGUUUUUAUGAGAAUUAGGGUUGUGGUUUUCGAGUCAGGCCGACGUUCGAGUCGUUUUUUGGGCCAGUUCUACCAAGUCUUUUUGGGGCUCCACCGGACCGGUCACCCAACUUUAAUGAGAAUACAAGAGAAUCAUGAACCUUGUGAAUAG